GGACUGAAAGCCUCUCCGAAGCAGUGUUAGCAAUGCAGUCACCUUCGGAGUACCUUUUCAAACACAAAGGAUUUUAUUUCCAACCCGAGCUGGUUACGGCAGAAUACAUAGAUUCUCUGGAAGACUUUGAAAUCAGAGACAGUGAUGUAUUUCUAGUCACCUUUCCCAAAUCAGGCACAGUAUGGACUCAGAACAUUUUGAGCCUGAUUUAUCAUGAAGGACAUCGAAAUGGAACUGAGGACACGGAUUUAAUGGACAGAGUCCCAUGGCUGGAAUACAAUAUCCGUAGCAUGGAUUACAUCAGUCGCCCGUCUCCUCGGCUCUUUGCAUCCCAUCUGCCCUACUAUUUGGUCCCUAAGGGGUUAAGAAGCAGAAGAGCAAAAGUUAUUUAUGUGUCAAGAAACCCAAAGGAUGUCUUGGUUUCCUACUACCAUUUUUCCAAAUUUGCAGUCAAAUUUGAAACAGCAGGAGACUUUGGCAAUUUCAUGGAAAAGUUUUUAGCUGGUGAAGUUCUAGCUAGUUCAUGGACAGACCAUGUUGAAGGCUGGUAUGCUCACAAGGAUGACUUCAAUAUUCUCUUUCUUACCUAUGAAGAAAUGAAGAAGGACCUGAGGAGUUCCGUAUUGAAAAUAUGCAGUUUCCUAGGAAAGAAGCUGACUGAGGAAGAGUUGCAGGUUGUUGUGGAUAAGGCUACAUUUGAUAAAAUGAGAAUUGAUCCCAGGUCAAACUAUGAGAACAUGCCCACCGAUCUCCUAGAGAAAGGCAAAGGACACUUUCUUCGGAAAGGUACUGUUGGGGACUGGAAAAACAUAAUGACUGUAGCACAGAGUGAAAGGUUUGACAGUGUUUUUAAGGAAAGGAUGCAAAACCUGCCCCUCAGGUAUUGCUGGGAUAUCAAUGAUCACCUUCCAUCUUGAAA